AUGGCUGGUGGUGGCGGGGAGAUGGAUGGUGGUCGAAAGCUGUUGCUGAAAAACUGCAAUCUGAAGCUGGGGAAGCUAAAGGUGGUGCGGCGGCAGCUGCUGCAAAGGUAUGAGCACCAGCCGUUUGUGUCAUGUCUGGCUGGUCUAUACGGCUGUCAAUGGAGACGCUACCAGAGGGCCAAGUCACAGCCCGGGGAGAGCUGCUGCAGCAGGGUGGAGUGUGGGAGCGUGGUUUUCCUGGUCCUGACCUUCCUCCUCUCCUCUCUGUUCCUCUACUUCUGGAGCCAGGCUCACAACGAUUACAAUGACUUUGACUGGUUUAAAUUUGAGACUCUGGGAUUCUGGUUCCCCUGGUCUCUGGUGCUGCUGGUUGUUGCUGCUGCUCUGUUCACCUACAUCUCUCUGCUGCUGGUACUAGCAGUGUGUUUACUGUCUGAGGGUCAGAGGUUGUACCUUCACUGGAGUCACAAGAUGGGGAUCGUGGUGACCAUGGCGUUCUCUGUCAGUGCCACGGCCGUUCUCUCUGAGGUGUGGAGUAAAGAGUGGAAGACCCUUCUCCUCUCCCUGCAGGUCACAGCCCCCUUUCUUCAGGUAGGCGGGGUUUUAUUGAUGACUCUCCUGUCCUGGCCAAUUGCGCUGCACUUUUUUCGUAUGAACAAGAGAGUGCAUCAAGUGUGUCUGUUGGGUGUGUACAUGAGUGCAUUGUUCAGUCUGUACCUGGUUCCUCUGGCCAUGUAUUCUCCCUGCAUCAGAGAAGCUGGAACCCUGGGGCCAAAACCAACACUCCUCGGACACAGAGGAGCUCCCAUGCUUGCCCCAGAGAAUACUCUAAUGUCUUUUGAGAGUGCAGUGGAGGCUGGAGUGGACGGGUUUGAGACUGACGUCACUAUAAGUGCUGAUGGCGUUCCGUUUGUGAUGCAUGACCUCACCCUGCAGAGGACCACUAACGUAGAGGAGGUGUUUCCUAACAGAACACACACACCUGCUGCCCUGUUCACCUGGUCUGAUGUACAGCAGCUCAACGCUGGGGCCUGGUUCCUCUCUUGGGAUCCGUUUGGCACGGUGUUCUCUCUGUCACCAGAGCAGCGAGAGCUAGCUGCCAAUCAGAUGGUUCCCUCCCUGGAUGAAGUUCUGGACGUAGCGAAUCGGGCGGGCAGGACAGUGCUGUUUGACCUGAGACAACCUCCUCCUGGACACCCUUACAGAGACAACUACCUCAACAUCACCCUGGACCUCAUACACACACACAUCAACUCCAGCCAGGUGCUGUGGCUGCCAUCAGAUCAGAGAUGGGAGAUACAGCAGGUGGAUCCAGAGCUGCAACAGACAGCCGGACAGACUGCCUCUAUUCAGGAACUACAGGACAACCACAUCACAACCCUCAACCUGCAUUACAGCACCAUGUCUCUGCAACACGUCAGUAAGUACAGGUCGGUGAACAUCAGUGUGAACCUGUAUGUAGUGAACCAGCCGUGGCUCUACUCUCUGGCCUGGUGCAGUGGAGCAUCCUCUGUUACCACCAACAACAUGCUGCUGAGAGAUAUACACACACCGCUGCUCCUUGUGACUCCAGAGCAGUAUAGUGUGAUAUGGAUUCUGACUGACCUGGUCUCUGCUGUUCUUAUCGUCUGUGUCUUCAUAUUCCACUGGUGGCGUGAGCGAGGCCUACAAUUCUGGUCAGGCAGUCGACAGACACACGAGACCGGGCCUUAUAGCAAGUUCAGGACUGAUCCUGUGGAGUCAGGGUGGGGUCGAUGGAAUCCCUUCCACUCAGAGUCUCCUACUAGAGCCCUCAUCUCUCUCCCUCUGGACCUCAACCCAUGAACUCAACUCAUGAACCAAUGAACCUCCCAUGAACCAUUCCCAAACCCCAAAUCUUUGGACUUCAACCCACACAUGAACCCUGCACCAACCCCUCACCUGAACUCCAACUACCACACCCCUGACCUCUAACCCUUAACCUUUGCCCAGCAGAGCUCAGCGACGUCUGGUCCAUCUCCAGUGGGAAUGUCCGAACGGAACUACGGACCCCCAGUACCCUCCACACCAUCACAGAGGAGUAACACACAUGCACACAGACACUCACCCAGUCACGCACACACAAAGUGUGACCGCACAAGAAUGAGCAUAGGGAAAUGGGAAGGAAAACAAGAGAAGAGGAUGAACUGAAUGUGUAAAAAGAGGAAGAGGCUGAUGUAAUGUGAAAGAUAAGCCAGUAUUUUGAUAAUCCUGAUUAAGACUGUUGUUCCUUUGUCCUCACUUGACCAGCUCAUUCACACCCCCUCUGGUGACCACUGGAACUGCAGAACUGAAUUGCUGAAAUAUGAAAUAUACACUGAACAAAAAAUAUAAACGCAACAUGUAAAGUGUUAGUCCCAUAUUUCAUGAGCUGAAAUAAAAAAUCCCUGAAAUGUUCUAUAUGCACAA